ACGUCAAAACAAUCUCAGUCGCGAACGGGCGAGGGUCAAAAUUACUUUAAUAAUAAAUUUCAAUUCAAAGAAAUGUAUUUAGUGUUGAUAUCGAUUUACCAAGUUGCGUUUAUAGUCAGUGAAGUAUUCAUGUAAAUGACGCACAGCUGACCGUCUGUCCUGAGGUAUAUUUGACAAAAUUUGACUUAUCAGUCGGCUUUUCUGGGCGCAUCAGGCGACUCCUCAACAUAUCCCCCAAUUAAGAUGCCACGAUGCCUCAAGUUACUUCAUCGUCGUCAAAAUCCCAGAAAAUCCUCUCUGAUCCUCGCAUUAAUUGCAUUUCUACUCACACUGUCUGCGAUAGUAACCCUCAAGCAUGCAUUUCGUAACAAUAAGACAAAGUGUUUUAUCCUUCCGGAUGGCCUCAACACGGAUCUCCUCCUGACAGACAUCAUGGAAGACAAUAAGACACCAACAUACAGUCAAACGAUAUUUUUUCACGAAACAUCCUGCUCUCAGGAUCAAAUAAUUAAGCUCAAUUCGAGACAAGCCUGUGCCAUUGAAUCCGCCGCCAAGAUGAAUCCGAAGUGGGACGUUUUCGUCCUAUUCGCAUCUCCUGUUGGAUUCCUCAAUAAGACAUCUCUCCCGCUGAUAGACGCUCUCAAAUCCUACGACAACAUUCACUUUCGCAACGUGAAUCUCUGGAAUUAUGCAGUUGGAACGCCCAUUGCCGAUUGGAUUCGCGAUGGACAGAUUUUCUACUCGUCAUACAUGAACUCUCAUGUGUCCGACUUCCUCAGAUAUCUCAGCCUGUACAAAUGGGGUGGAACAUACCUGGAUUUGGAUGUAAUCGUCAAGGUGAACUUCGACACAGUUCCUUCCAACUAUGCUGGCGCUGAAUCGGAGGAUUUCGUCGCUGCCGGCAUCAUAAAUCUCGACUACGAUGGAUUUGGCCAUGAAAUCGCUGAAAUGUGCCUCAGUGAUUUUCAGCUGAACUUCAACGGCGAUGAUUGGGGCAAUAAUGGUCCAGGUGUAAUUACGCGUGUCCUCCGCAAAGUUUGCCAGACCGAUCGACCACUGUUCAUGACUCGCGACAGAUGCCGAGGCUUCAAGGUGUUCCCCAUCAAUGCCUUCUAUGCGAUCGGCUGGAAGGAUUGGCGUCACUUUUUCAGCGAAAAGAAGACCAAAGAAGUUCUCGAGUUAGUCAACAACAAGUCAAUUGUUGUGCACUUCUGGAACAAACACUCAUCCAAGGAGCGCAUUCGCGUCGGCAGCACCUCGGCGUACGGCCAGCUGGCCGACGAGUACUGUCCCAGAGUCUACAGGUCGAGCGGUGACUUCUUCUAAGGGAUAUAGAGAACAAGAGAAUUUAAAGAGCGACUCACAAAUUCCAACGUCUCAAGGAGUAGAAAUCACAAUAUGAUCAAAAUAUAAUGUACAAAUAGAAGCCUCAUGAGAACUGUAUUCAUCACUCUUCUCAGAAUCUCAUUUUUAUUAUUAUUUAAAUGUAUGCUUUUGAUUUUUCAAGAAUGUAUUUUUGUGUCAUAAAAUAUGCUGUUAUUUCUGAUGGCAUGCAUCAAAUUGAAGAAUAAGAAAAACAUGUAUGAAUUUCAUAUCAAAGAAUUGGCCU